ACAUGCAGGCGGAACUGAAGACACCGGUGCCUUGUUGCAAGGGGAGGGGAGGCCGGGCUGGCUGUGCAUUCAUACCCCGGCAGCGAGAGAGGGGCAGCGGCGUGAUCUGCACUAACUGCCAAUUCAUUCUGUUAUGAAAAGAACAAAUUAGCCUAAAGUAGUGGUUCUCAACCUAUUUACCAUUGUGGGCCGCAUAUGCAGUUCUCUAUGUGUUAUGUGGGUCGCAGCCACACAAUAUAUAUACUACCUGUAUGACCCCAAGGAUGUCAUAUGGGCUGAUUGGGCUGCAAGCAACCUGUGGGUUGAGAAGCACUGGCCUAAAGGAUAUAGCACUCCACUACUAAAAUAAAGAAGAUAGGUUGGCCUAACUACAGUAUGGUGCUGUUUCGGUAUGUAUGCCAACUCUACAAACGAUUGCUUCUGUCCAGUUUAGAAACUAGCUCAAUAAAUGUAGGUAUUUGGGCCAGAAAUAUACAUUCUUCAGCGGAAAGGCUGGAAGUGACUUAUGACUAUGGAAUUAAAAAACAAACGAUGCAUAACCAUGAAGUUCAAAAGGUAUAUCAAAGUGCAGAUGAUGAAGAUUGUAGAAGACCACACAUACCAGUGAUGGUGAAAGAAGUUGUCAAUUGUUUAUCACCCCAGCAAGGGCAGCGUAUGCUUGAUAUGACGUUUGGAGCAGGAGGUCAUACUACAGCUCUUCUACAGAAAGUAACUGAUAUUACAAUAUAUGCACUAGACAGAGACCCAGCAGCUUAUAAAAUAGCUCAGCAACUUUCAGAAUCAUAUCCGAAACAGAUUCAGGCUCUUCUAGGGCAGUUUAGCCAAGCAGAAACCUUAUUAAUCUCAGCUGGAGUAGAGCCAGGAAUGCUAGAUGGAGUUCUUUUGGAUGCUGGGUGUUCCUCUAUGCAGCUUGAUACUCCUGAAAGAGGUUUUUCCCUGCGAAAGGAUGGUCCUUUGGAUAUGAGGAUGGAUAGUGGCAGGUAUCCUGACAUGCCCACUGCUGCUGAUGUUGUGAAUGCUUUAGAUCAACAGGCGCUUGCGUCCAUCCUGAGAACAUACGGGGAGGAGAGGCACGCCAAGAAAAUAGCUUCAGCAGUCGUUCAGGCACGCAGCAUCUACCCCAUCACCAGAACUCAGCAGCUUGCCAGCAUUGUUGCAGGUGCUUUUCCAGCAGGAGCUUUGUAUGCCCGAAAAGACUUACUUCAGAGACCUACACAUGUUGCCACCAAAACUUUCCAAGCCUUGCGUAUAUUUGUGAAUGAUGAGCUCCGCGAACUCUAUGUAGGGUUGAAGAUAGCUGAGAAGUUUCUGAAACCUGGAGGUCGACUUGUAGCCCUUUCUUUUCAUUCACUAGAGGAUCGUAUCAUCAAACGAUUCCUUCAAGGAAUAGAUGUUUCAGAAAAGUUCAACCUUAACAUAAGACAAAAGAUAAGACAAGGGCAAAAAAAUUAUUCAGAACAAGAUGUGGAAGAAUUCGUCAGUGAAAAAUCCAACUCAAGGUGGACAUCUAUACAGAAAAAAGUGCUUACUCCCCAGGCUGCAGAUGUUCAAGAGAACCCAAGAGGGCGGUCUGCCAAACUAAGAGCUGCUAUCAAACUGUGAAAUAAAAUAAAAUACUCUGAUUUUCUCUUUAUAUUAAAUAUGCUUUUGUAAAUGUUCAUCUUUCAGACUGUACAGAGAUGGUCAAAUUGAAAAAUAAAAGGAAAGAAAAUAAUUGAUAUCUUAGGAUAGAGUCUGACUUCUAUCUUCAGUAUUCAGUUUUAAUUAAGCUAUGGAAUUGAAACAUGGAGCAUCACCUGGUAAAGCAAGUC